AUGUCUGACCAAGAUGCCACGACCCCGCGAGUCUUUCUAGCUCGCCACGGGGAAACCGAGUGGACCAUCAACGGCCGCUACACGGGCGUCACCGAGCUCGACCUGACCCCGCGCGGUGUCGGCCAAGUCCGGGCGUCGGGCGCGCAGCUGGUCGGCCCCGGACGGCUGCUCGACCCGGCCAGCAUCGUCCGCAUCUUUGUCAGCCCGCGCAAGCGCGCGCAGACGACCCUCGGGCUGCUUUUCGGCGACGGCGAGGCGUCGCAAGUCGACGCGUCCAAAGUCGUCACCACCGACGAGAUUGCGGAGUGGGACUAUGGCGACUACGAGGGCCUGCUCACAAAGGAAAUUCGGGAGCUGCGCGCCAACAAGGGACUUGAUACCGCUCAGCCGUGGGAUAUCUGGCGCGACGGCUGCGAGGGGGGAGAGACAGCGCAGCAGGUCACGGCGCGUCUGGAUGCCUUGAUACAAAAGAUUUACGACAUUCAGCGCGACAACAUGCAUGGAGAGCACCCAGCAGAUGUUGUUCUGGUCGCCCAUGGCCAUAUUCUGCGCGCCUUUGUCAAGAGGUGGCUUUUGUAUCCAAUGGAGUCGCCAUUGCCACUGAUGAUGUCGCCGGGCGCUAUUGGAGUUCUGAGCUACGAUAAUCACAGCAUUCAGGAACCCGCCAUCAUGGUUGGACUGUCAAUGCCAUCCAGCACUUAG